AUGCCUUCGGAAAAGGUGCCUUUUUACGACCCCACGCCGCCGACGUACGAUGAAGCUCUCGCCGGUAGCAGUCGAUGGGUGCCGCCUACCCGCGAUGCCGCCGAUCAGCGCGGCGCCACACAGACGGAGCAGCAGUCGCUGCUGAGGCAGGCCGGCAAUGGCGAGUCCUCCCGCAGGACCGGAUAUCACCCGCCGACGGUCGAGACAGACGAUGAGUCUGAUGAUGAUGGCCUGCUCAGCGACGGCGAAUCCGAGGAGGAGCAGGUACGACGCGAGAUUGAGGAGAUGGACAUGGAGGAGCCCGAUCGGUCCCUGAGCUCGACGUGGCGCAAGCGAUUGCGGAUUCCCUCAUGGAAGUGGUCCUGGCGACCAAGAUUACCGCGUUUACGCAUCCAGCUUCCCUCCCGAUCGGCCGAAACCGAGACCACAACCGAGGAAUCUUCAGCAGCAUCUGCAUCCCGAUUCAACUUUGAAAACUUUCAAAUACCCCAGGUCAACACCAUGUUCCUGGUUCUUACCUUUGCGCGCAUCCUGGCGCUAUUCAUUAUUCUCGGCUUCUUCUGGUUCCUAUUUACUAGCGGACUUUUUUCGGGCCUCAACUCGCCCCUCACGAGUGGCAUGCGCUUCAACGCGGAGGACUUACGCAACUUUUUACAGCAGCGCGUCGAGCCUAUGCGCAUGCGGGCUUCUGUCCAGCACUUUUCCAGCUACGCCCACCUUGCCGGCACCGAGGGCGACUACGCCGCCGCUCGCGACGUUUAUGCCAUGUUCAGCAAGGCCGGUCUCGACCGUGUGACCAUGGAGGAAUAUUUUGUAUAUAUAAACUACCCCCGCCAGGACGGUCGAAAUGUGCAGAUUUUGGACGACAGCGGCAAGGCCACCUGGACGGCCAAGAUAGAUGAGGAAGAGCGCCACCACGAGACGGCCGGCCGCCAGACGCUCGCAUUUCACGCACACUCGAAAUCAGGCGACGUGCGUGGACCCCUGAUCUACGUCAAUUACGGCUCGAAGGCAGACUACGAAAAACUGAAAAGCGACGGAGUAAAGACGGAGGGUGCGAUUGCGAUAGUGCGGCAUGGAGGUACUGAAAAAAGUACCGCCUUGAAAGUGAAGCUCGCGGAGAUGAAUGGCUUCGUCGGCGCCCUCGUGUACAAUGACCCGAAAGAUGACGGCUUUACCCUGGGUGACGUGGCUCCUCAGGGUAGGUUUAUGCCUACCGACGGUGUGCACGGCGACUCCGUCAGUCUGAUGAACUGGAUUCUGGGAGAUGUGCUCACCCCACAAUGGGAAAGCGAAGAGCAAUCGCCGCGCGUCAAGGUAAGCGACGCUGUUGGACUGGUCCAGAUCCCCAGUCUGCCGCUGGCCUGGCGAGAUGCGCAACCACUACUGCAGAGCCUCAAAGGUCACGGUCAGGCGGUCCCUCCCGACUGGAACGGCGCUGUGCCCGACGUGGAGUGGUGGACGGGUGACUUGAGCUCCCCUACUGUGCGUCUGCAAAACGAGCAGGACGAAGUGGAAAAGAAAAAGAUUUGGAACGUGUAUGGGAGGAUCGAAGGCAUGGAGACGGGCUCCAAGUCGAUCAUCAUUGGCAAUCACCGCGACUCGAUGGGAUUCGGCGCGGCCAACCCGCAUACGGGCACCGCCGUCAUGAUUGAGCUAGCGCGAAUCUUUGGCGAUUUGGUCGACCGAGGUUGGAAGCCGCUGCGCAGCAUCGAGUUUAUGUCGUGGGACGCGGCCGAAUACAACCUCAUUGGGUCCACGGAAUUCGUCGAGAAGAACCUUGACCGACUAAAACAGGACGCCUACGCGUACAUUGAUCUUGGCGAUGCCGUGACGGGCACGACGUUUUCCGCCGCCGGGUCGCCGCUCCUCGAAAAAGCGCUCAUGCACGCACUCGGCCGCGUAAUCGAUCCUAUGGCCAACGAAACGCUCAAGACGCUCUGGGGUCGCGAGAAUGCACAGCUCCUCGAUCUGAGCACCGGCGCCGACCCGAGCGACUACAUUCCGUUUCAGGACAUUGCCGGCACCAGCUCCAUCCACCUCGGCUUCGCGGGGGAGUCGUACCCGUACCGCUCGAGCUACGACACAUUUGAGCUGGUGGACCAAGUUAUUGAUCCAGAAUUCGUGUAUCACGGGCUGAUGGGGCAGAUUGUGGGUUUGCUACUACUUGACCUGUCUGAUCGUGCUAUUCUUCCGUUUGACACGAAGCGCUACGGCGACAAGCUCAAGAUGUGGCUGGACAAUCUGGAGAAUUGGACCAACAACCGCGCUCGCGGCAAGCUGUCGUUUGAGGAACUCAAGGACGCCGCGGGCAUGAUUCAGCACAAUGCGGAAAAGUUUGGUAAUUGGGAGCUCGAGUGGGACUCGGCGGUGCUGGCGAGCAAUGGGUGGGAGUCGAACGAGUAUGGGGCGGCGCGCACCAUGUACAAUGACAAGAUGGCGCAAUUUGAAACGGCGCUUCUGGAUCCGGAUUUUGGCGGUGGCAUACCCAAUCGUACACAGUUCAAACAUGUCGUCUUUGGCCCGCCACUGCUGUCGACCAACGAUGAGGCGCUAUUCCCCGCCAUUCGUGACCUGAUUGAAGCUGAGGACUGGUCGGGAGCCAAGGAGGUCAUGGCUAAGACGGCAGGCAUGCUGCGGCAUGCAGGCGCGCUGCUGUCCAUGUCGGAGCCUUAG